CUCGGCUUCCUUCGACACAGUCACGUGAUCUGUCUCAUACAUGUCCCUGGUUGGUUAUUAGUGUGGAGGAGUAAAAAAUAGUUAUUUCUUUGUUAACUACUUUGCUUAGAUUGAAAAGCAGACAUGGAAAUCGGGACUGAAAUAAGCAAGAAAAUAAGAGCUGCUAUCAAAGGCAAACUUCAAGAGCUUGGUGCAUAUAUCGAUGAGGAGCUACCUGACUAUAUCAUGGUAAUGGUAGCAAACAAGAAAACCCCCCAACAGAUGACUGACGAUCUCUCUCUGUUCCUUGGAAACAACACUGUUAAGUUCACAGCUUGGUUACAUGGUGUCCUGGAGAAAUUAAGAUCUGUUGCUGGAGAGCCUGCAUCUCUCAGGCAGCUGCAGUCUGACACUGUUACUGUGACUGGAAAGAGUCACCUAUCUGUGGGUGAAAACGGCAGAGCAGAGGAGUUGAAGGUGUUGACUGUCUCCAGCUCACGCUCUGAUAAGACUGAAGCCCGUGUGUCCAGUUCUGCUCAUAAUAGCAGGAAAGGGGCCCUGGAUAAAGGCGCCUCCCGACUUACCACAACUAUUAAGCCCCUAGUAGAGGCCCUCCCCUCAGAGGCUGUUAUUGAUAUCAAACCAGAGAUGGAUGACGCCCUCUUUGCUGAUGAACCUAUUGAAAUUGGAAACAACCACGGUCGUACACACGGUGCAGCUAGCAAGCCUACCGCUGAAAUUUACAGACCCGGCCAAAGCAAGUUUACAUCAUUUAGCUCUGCAGACAUGUGUCGAUCCAUGGAAGGAUCCUCUCACAUCAGGCAGCAGGAUAGUAGGAGUGGCAGGACCUCCAGAACUGGAUCCACCAAGGAAGAAAUGUCACGGAAGCGGAAGGCACCGGUAGCGAGUUCAGUGAUUCGGGUGAGCCGGGAAGCAGAUGAAGACAGCGAUGAUGCUGAAGAAGAGGAGACAAGUUACAGUGGCAGAGGCCUGUCCAGCAGAGUCUCUCUCCCUUCCAAACAAGAACGGAAACCUACUCUCCCACCUGCCAAGCAAGCCAACAGAAAUCUAAUACUGAAGGCCAUCUCUGAGGCACAAGACUCAAUCAGUAAAACUACAGCCUACCCAAUAAUGCCACAGAGACAGACUGUUCCUGUAGCACCUCGUACUCGCCUAGCCAGCAAUGAAGAGAUGACUGCAGCCAUCCAGUUAGUUCAGGAACACCUCCACAGCCUAGCCCCUCGAGUCCAGACCUACACUAGUGCAGAUCUACCUCCCUCCAGAUCAACAGCUCCAACCAGAUCUUUAGCUUCUCGCCUUCAGUUGGAGAGCAAUGACGGAAGAGAGCAGAACGAAUAUAGUGGAGAAGUCACUACCGGCUGUGAGCCAAAGACAUUUGAUACACGCUCUUUCAUAAUGAGUCGCCCGCUGCUGGAAGAAUCUCCAGUCCGAAGUCGGCAGCAAGGCCAGUCUGCAUUACUUCGAACUGUCCAGGCCAGGGAGGGGGGUGACUCUGCCAGCCCCAAGUUCAUAGUAACAUUAGAUGGAGUACCAAGCCCAAUGGGUAACCUUGGAGAUGGUGAUAUGGAGCUGGAUGAUGUGAGACCGCCCACAAAAGUUAAUGAGACAUCCAGCCAUGUCCAAAGAGAGUCCAAACUUGGCAUCCUUCAUAGGCUUCAAGGAGCAAUCGCAUCAUCAGAAGAUGAAAGGAUGGACUUUGAGGUGGAAGAGGAGGAUGCCAUGCCUGUGAAGAAACAGAAGGUUAUGGAGCGCUGCAAGUUCUGGCCAGUUUGUAAAAGUGGAGAUGAGUGUGUGUACCAUCACCCAACAACACAGUGCAAGACUUUUCCCAACUGCAAGUUUGGGGAUAAAUGCCUCUUUGUGCAUCCUAAUUGUAAAUAUGAUGCCCGCUGUACCAAACCAGACUGUCCCUUUACUCACGUCAGCCGCAGAAACAGUGUUGCUGCACCACCGAGACCAGCAGUGCAGCCAGUGCAAACAAGUGUGUGCCGCUUCUUCCCAGAGUGUAAGAAGAUGGACUGUCCAUUUUAUCAUCCAAAGCCAUGUCGCUUCACGACGCAGUGUAAACGAGUCGGAUGCACCUUCUACCAUCCUACCACAGCUGUGCCUCCAAGACAUGCCCUGAAGUGGACAAAAGCACAGAGCAGCUAAGGAGUCCAGAGAGUCUGUCCUAAACUUGUCGGUCAAUAUUAGAGGGUGUUUGUCUUUGUUUUUCUUUUCUUUCGUUUUUUUGUUUGUUUUUUUUUUUUUUUUGGGAACCUGAUUAGCAGAAACUGUUGUUUCCUUUGGGAAAAUUUUUAAGAAAAGCGUUUUGUAAGUUGAAAGUUUGAGUUUUUGCUGAUGUGCACAAAAUAUUAAAUACUUGCCUACAAUGUUUUA